CCCAUUAUUCCUUAUAUUUAUGAUGAUGAAUUGUUUGAUUGUGUAUUCUAUCAUAAAUCCUUAGUUGAAGAAAAUAAAAUUAUCAAUAAAACCAAUCUUGGUGUUAUAAAUUCAAAAAUUAAAAAAAACCAAGUCUUAGCUGUAAUUGGUGAAAGUUUUUUAUCUAGUGCUGUAACCCUAAUUAUUAAUGAAAAUUUUCCUGAUUAUAACCAUCAAGAUAUAAUCAAAUUAAAAGAACAACUAGUAAAGGAUGAGUUUUUAGACCAUUGUUCUACUUUAUAUGAAUUGGAUAAAGAAUUUCAAACUAAAUAUCAUGAAAAUGUUGUCAAUAAUUCUUGUACAGUUAAUAGAUGGAAACGGAAAAUUUACGUAUCAAUUUUCCUUUCAUAUAUUGGCGCUUUAGUUCAGCAAAAUGAUUUGUUUGAUACCAUUAAAGAUUGGAUCAAUGUUUUAAUUCAACCAAAUUUAGAAAGUGUUAAAGCAAAUCUUUUAAAACCUUUGGAUAAGACUGCUAAAUCAGAAUUAUAUAAAUUAAUUGGUUCAAGUAACUUAGUUCCAAAAUAUGACAUUAUAGAAACUGGUGAUUCGCUUGGUUUAAGGCCUUAUGUUGUUAACUGUGCUUUCAACAAUGAAGUGCUAGGCAAGGGCAUUGGUCCUAACUUUAAAGAAGCAAGUCUCAGAGCUGCAAUGGCGGCAUUAGAAAACAAAGAAAAAAUAGAUCAUUAUAUUUAUUUAUCAAAAUCA